GCAGCAGCUACUGUGAAGAGAGAAGGCACUUCGAUUUCAUCUCUCUGUGUAAGUUCCAGGAAAAUCAUUAAAAGGUCUGCAUCUUGUCCUCGUGGCCCAUGGGAAACAUGGCCACAACUGAAGCCUGGAACAGCUCAUCAGUGACCAUGUUUGUCCUCCUGGGAUUCACAGACCAUCCAGAACUCCAAGUGUUUCUCUUUGUGACUUUCCUGGGCAUCUAUCUUGUGACUCUGGUUUGGAACCUGGUCCUCAUCUUACUGAUCAGAGGUGACAUCCAUCUGCACACACCCAUGUACUUCUUCCUCAGCAACUUGUCCUUCAUUGACAUCUGCUACUCUUCCACUGUGGCUCCCAAGAUGCUCACAGACUUUUUCCAGGAGCAGAAGACCAUAUCAUUCUUGGGAUGUGCUGCUCAGUUCUUUUUCUUUGUGGGAAUGGGUCUAACUGAGUGCUUCCUCCUGACUGCCAUGGCGUAUGACCGGUAUGCAGCAAUCUCCAAUCCCCUGCUCUAUGGCACCAUCAUGUCCCAGAGCCUCUGUAGACGCAUGGUGGCUGGGGCUUAUAUCGGAGGCUUCCUGAGCUCCCUGGUCCAGGCCAGCUCCUUAUUUACACUCCACUUCUGUGGACCCAACGUCAUCCACCACUUCUUCUGUGACCUCCCACCCAUCCUGGCUCUUUCUUGCUCUGACACCUUCCUGAGUCAAGUGAUAAAUUUCCUCGUGGUGGUUGCUGUUGGAGGAACGUCAUUCGUCAUCCUCCUGAUCUCCUACAGUUACAUAGUGUCUGCUGUCUUGAAGAUCUGCUCAGUGGAAGGCCAAUGGAAAGCCUUCAACACCUGUGCCUCGCACCUGAUGGUGGUGACUCUGCUCUUUGGGUCGGCUCUUUUCAUGUACCUGCGACCAAACUCCAGCUACUCCCUCAGCAGGGAUAAGGUAGUGUCUGUGUUCUAUUCGCUGGUGAUCCCCAUGCUGAACCCUCUUAUUUACAGUUUGCGGAACAAAGAGAUCAAAGAUGCCUUGUGGAAGGUGAUGGAGAAGAAAGUGCUUUCCUAGUUCAAGAGCAGAAACAAUGCUUCAUGCUGCUGCAGACUUACACAAUUCGCGGCACCAACUACACCUCCACCAGGCACAGGAAACAUUCUCUGCUCAUAUUUUAAAAGGGAGGCUCCUCCCACCAAAUGCUUCUCUCUGUUUUUUGUGGUCACUUGUCUAUUGAUCAUUCAUGGCCAAAAAGAGAAUGGCAUUUCUCAGUCAAACAGAAAUAGCCUGUUGUUAUAAUCACCCUAACAACUAGCCUUCACUGAGCACUUAGUAUAUGCCAAGUUAUCUAAUCAAAUAUCCACUGCUGAGCUGCAAUGCUUACUCACUAUCACCAUGUUAACAACAAGAAAGACUCAGACAGAUACUAACUUGCUGAGCAACACCCUGGCAGCCAAAGGGGUGGAGCCCUGAUUCAGCUCCAGGUCUUCCCGACACAAGUGCCAUGCUCUGCCCCAGUGCAGCGCUCACAGCCCUAAGGUUCUACAGUAGGUAACUCUUGUUGCUGAC